CAUGACAUUGUGUUACCACUGCAUAAUAGUAUCUGAAUUUGUACCAUUGUUAAUAAAUCUUUAAUUAAAGAUGGCGCGGAAUUGGAAAGAGUACCAAAUAUUUGCCCUCAAUGAUUUAAAAGCUAAUUCAAUUCGGCCUUUCCCCUUCUUUCAGGGGAAGUUAAUAAUUAAAAAUAAGUUUACUUGACUUUAUCAAUUAUUCAUUGAACUCGUUCUUUCUCCUUAUUCCGAUGGAAGCAAAUAAGAAAGAAAGAAAAUCAAUUAACUAUUUAUGAUAACCUAAAAUAAACGUACGGGAGAGGGCGCGCUUCAUGAUGAUUUGUGUCAUAUAAUGAUAGCAAGGGAGGAGCACGGGGGACGUGAGAGUCCUGAUCGACCAACAUAUGAUUAUUUAUUAGUACUAAACUGAAAAGAUUAAAUGAAUUCGACGACUUCAUUUUUCUCGUACUAUACUCAUCAGUCCUCAAAUUAUACAGGCAUUUAACUUCGGAAACAAGCAUAUUCAUACAACUACUCGCAUUUUUAAACUGCAAGAAUCCAAUAUUUUCUUUGAUAAUAAUCUUCUUUUUAAAGUACCGAUUUGAUGCUGUGCGUGUUUGUUAAUGCUUGUAAGCUUGAUAUCGAUAAUGCACUAUGAAUUUCACGGGAAUAUUAAAUGAAGCGGACACCAUGAAUAGUAAUAUAUCAACAUUUAAUGCUACAACAACGAUGGAACCCAUCACAUGGAAGUCAAAUCCGAAUAUCUCAAAGAUUGCAAUAGCGGUAACGAUUAAUUUCUUGAUGGUCUCGGCCAAUGUCAUCAGCUUGGUUGCCUUUGCCAUUGAGAAGAAACUCCGCACCUACAACAACUACUUCAUCAUCAAUCUCAUCAUCUCCGAUCUUCUAGCUGGCAUUCUCCUAACCGUAACCGUCGCACACUCAAUCAUUGGUUAUUUCCCAUUCUCAACGGACUUUUGUAGGGUGUACACUGGCCUCAGGAACGCUUCGACAACGGUAUCGAACCUCGGUAUGGUCGUUAUCUGCGUGGAUCGGUACCAAGCGACAUUCGACCCGAUCAACCAUUACAUCUCCAGAAGCAAACGCAGGGCUGUGAUCUUGAACAGUGUCGCUUGGACCGUCGGACUCGGGUUCUGGCUGUUGUACGCAACCGCCUGGGACUUCGUGGUCGCUGCCGUCAACACCCGUCAUUGCGUUCCAGGUUAUUCUUUCCGACUUAUUCCCGCCAUCUUGCCCAUUUUUCUUCAGGUGUUUCUGCCCCUAAUUGUCGUUUCAACUCUCUACUUGAGGAUCUACGCAAAGAUCAAACAUACCCUCAAGGGAAGAAAUGUCAAUGCGAAGUUCAAUCUCAGGUCGAGUGUCCUUGAAGAUUCGGCGACUUUUGAUGUCGUCGUCUUCUCUGUUGCUAGUCGGGUAGACUUCCCAAACAUAAUAGAUGGAGAAAAGGGAGGGAAACCAUUGCAAGAAACACUCGAGACAACUGGAAAACAAAGAAAUCUAUCUAGAAAGAAAAGUGAGGGCAAGCCAUCUCGCCAGGAGUCGACGGGUGAAAUGUGGAAAGCCACUCGAACGCUCCUUUUCAUCAUCAUUUCCUUCUUCGUAGCCUGGAUACCAAGUAGCAUCGUGGCUGUUCUCUUUACCAUCAAUCCAACCCUUCUUCAUCAGGGUUUUUUCACAUCCACCUGGUACAUCUUCAUAGCCUGGCUGACCUAUGCCAACAGUUUCCUCAACCCCAUCGCAUACUCAGUAUCCCAACCUUUGUUCCGUAAGACAGUCUUCAGAAUCAUUUCGCAUCCCCUUGUCGUUUGCAGAGAUUAAAGAGGGUCGUGUCUACGAUCUGCUCAUUGUUGACAGGGAGUUCCGCAAUCGCGACGAGGACGGAUUCUACUACAUAUGAAAUCUAUUUUCAAAAGACUUUUCAUGAUAAUGUUUGUCUUUGUCAAAAUAUGGUGAACGAAAGAGGCUGUUUCGUCCUGGACUCUGGACAAACGACAUAUCUGCAAUUUUUCGUCAUCUCCAAACCUUAGGACGAAACUGCUGUUCCGGAACACCAAUUUUCUACAAAGACCUUCCAGCUGUUGUUUGUUAUUGGGCGGGCAUUUUAUGUGUUGUAAAGUCCGUCCCCGUCGCGAUUGCGAAAAAAAGGCUAUUGAUAAAGUAACACCAACAAGACCAACUCCAGGGGCCCAUUUCAUAAAGGACUUGCAACUGUUGUAACUUUGCCAUAAUGGCAUCUACCAUGAGGGCUCAGCACCCAAUCAGAAUCAUAACGGAAAAGUUACAACAGUUGCAAGUCCUUU